AAUCAUCAAAGCAGCUACACAUUCACGUUCAUCACUACCUGUUCCAUUCAUUUUCUCACAGUUACACACACUUUUUUUCAUUCAUUCAUUCUUUCAUGGCUUCGAAGACAGAAGGAAAGGCCAUUGGCAUUGACCUCGGCACCACCUAUAGCUGCGUUGGAGUGUGGCAAAGCGACCGAGUUGAGAUCAUAGCCAAUGACCAAGGCAACAGAACCACUCCUUCCUACGUCGCUUUCACCGAUACAGAGCGUCUCAUAGGAGACGCUGCGAAGAACCAAGUUGCCAUGAACCCACAGAAUACUGUUUUCGACGCAAAACGACUAAUUGGUCGCAGAUUCUCAGACCCUUCUGUGCAAAGCGACAUGAAACACUGGCCAUUCAAGGUCGUUCCGGGUCCCGCCGACAAACCCAUGAUUGUCGUUCAGUACAAAGGAGAAGAGAAACAGUUUUCAGCAGAAGAGAUAUCUUCGAUGGUGUUGACGAAGAUGAAGGAGAUCGCGGAGGCUUUUCUGGGUCAGAGCAUAAAGAACGCGGUUAUCACUGUGCCUGCUUAUUUCAACGAUUCUCAGAGACAAGCCACGAAGGAUGCUGGCGCCAUUGCAGGCCUUAACGUAACGAGAAUCAUCAAUGAACCAACCGCUGCUGCUAUUGCCUAUGGAUUGGACAAGAAGGCUUCGAGGUCUGGUGAGAAGAACGUGCUCAUCUUUGACCUCGGUGGUGGAACCUUCGAUGUUUCACUCCUCACUAUUGAGGAGGGUAUUUUUGAAGUUAAAGCCACUGCCGGAGAUACCCAUUUGGGAGGUGAAGAUUUUGAUAACAGACUCGUAAACCAUUUUGUCGCUGAGUUCAAGAGGAAGCACAAGAAGGAUAUUAGCACAAGUGCAAGAGCUCUUAGGAGACUCAGAACUGCAUGUGAGAGGGCUAAGAGGACUCUCUCUUCCACCAGCCAGACAACUAUUGAGAUUGAUUCACUCUAUGAAGGCAUUGAUUUCUAUUCCACCAUCACCAGAGCCAGGUUUGAGGAGCUCAACAUGGACUUGUUCCGCAGGUGCAUGGAGCCUGUGGAGAAGUGUUUGAGGGACUCUAAGAUCGAUAAGAGUCAAGUUCAUGAUGUUGUACUUGUUGGUGGAUCCACCAGAAUUCCCAAAGUUCAGCAACUUUUGCAGGAUUUCUUCAAUGGGAAAGAGCUGUGCAAGAGCAUUAACCCAGAUGAGGCUGUGGCAUAUGGAGCUGCAGUGCAAGCUGCUAUUUUGAGUGGUGAAGGGAAUGAGAAGGUUCAAGACUUGCUUCUGCUUGAUGUCACUCCUCUUAGCCUUGGUAUUGAAACUGCAGGAGGAGUUAUGACUGUGUUGAUUCCAAGGAACACAACUAUUCCCACUAAGAAGGAGCAGAUUUUCUCUACUUAUGCUGAUAAUCAACCUGGGGUGUUGAUUCAGGUUUAUGAAGGUGAGAGAGCCAGAACCAAAGAUAACAACUUGUUGGGGAAGUUUGAGCUCACUGGGAUCCCGCCAGCACCAAGAGGAGUUCCUCAAAUCAAUGUCUGCUUUGACAUUGAUGCAAAUGGUAUUUUGAAUGUUUCUGCUGAGGAUAAAACUGCAGGGGUGAAGAACAAGAUCACAAUCACCAAUGAUAAAGGAAGGUUGAGCAAAGAGGAGAUUGAGAGAAUGGUGCAGGAGGCAGAGAAAUACAAGGCAGAGGAUGAGGAGGUGAAGAAGAAGGUGGAGGCUAAAAACUCUUUGGAGAACUAUGCUUACAACAUGAGGAAUACUGUGAAGGAUGAGAAAUUUGCAGGGAAAUUGGACCCUGCAGAUAAGCAGAAGAUAGAGAAGGCUGUGGAUGAGACCAUCGAGUGGCUUGAUAGAAACCAACUUGCAGAGGUGGAGGAAUUCCAGGACAGAUUGAAGGAUUUGGAGGGAUUGUGCAACCCAAUUAUCUCCAAUAUGUACCAAGGUGCUGGUGGUGGAGAUGUUCCAAUGGGUGCUGCAGAUGACAUGCCUAGUGGUGGCAGCGGAAAAUCAUCCACUGGUGGCAGUGGGGCUGGCCCAAAGAUUGAAGAAGUUGACUAAAAUGUGAAACUUGUUUCUGUUCUCUAAAGUUUAUUUAAUGCUUUUCUACAGUUAUCCUUGAGUGGUUUUGCAUUGAUGCCCAUUAGUAAUGUUUUUAGGUGAGUUUGUGUGAUUUCACAAGAGUCAUGUAAAAUAAAUUUCCUACAUGUUGACCAAGUAAACAACACAGCAUUUUGUUUUUCUUUACAUCUUUUGUUUUAUUUUCUUGAGAUAGUAAUCUAAAACGACCAUCUUUUUUUUUUUAUUUCCAAGUGCCUUGUGAAACAAUUGCUUAAAUGCUACAAGCAUUGGUAUAAUAAUAAUAACAAUAAUAAUAUUAAUUCCUCAUUCUUAGCAAAGCAGUGGCUAUAUUGCUUCUUUGAGCCCUGUCUGCUGCCAACAGAACACAAAGGCAGAACAUACUUGCAACUAAAACUAACAGAACACCAAUUGUGUAUGCAAACUUAUGAAUUCUUCUACGUUGGCAAUCUGAGAUGACAUACGAUCAAUACCUGAUAAUACUGAAAAGUGCUUUAAGCCAUUGGUGUUGCUUUGUUUUAUCAUUUUAUCAUCAAGUUGAUCAUUUUGAAUCCCCUCCAUCAGCAUCUCGCAUAACUCGUAUUUCUCUCUCCCGUUACAUAAUGUAGCACUUGAAGAGAGUCUUGAGGGAUCAAUGUUUUUCUGGUAUAGCCAUAAGUAAUGUUAUUUGACUAAACACCCAAAAGUAUAGCAUAAUUCUCUUUCGUGCAUAGAAUAUCAGUUGCUUUUUUCUUCUACUAAUUCAAGUAUGGUUGAUUUUCAAACCUAAUUACAUUACAAAAAAUAAAGAAAAACUGACAGAAAAAGUCUGCUAGUAUGGUCAUUUCUAUCAAUAUAAACUUUAUUUAAUAGAAAAUUGUAUUGACAUAUCAAUUUCUUAUAUAUAAGUUUAUUAAUUUGUUAGUAGCACCAGACAGACAACAUAUUGUUAGUAUGUAUAAUUUCUGUGACAAAACAUACUCAAAAACACUUUUUUAGUGUUCUUUACCUCCUUGGAUGGAUCUCUUGUAGCUAUCACCAAAGUGGGGUCAUUUUUUUUCAAUGCUUCCAAGAUAAUGACUCCACCCAUUUGUGUAGAUUUCCGCCAACAAACAUGUCACCUAUUGAUCUUUUUCUAGCAUCUGAAGAACUAGAAUGACAAAGUAGUCAUCUCCUUUCGUAGAUGUAUGUGAAAGUACAGAAGAAUGUUGAUGAAAUUUUGUUUGAAAUAAAAUUAAUAUUUUCCGAAGUCACGGAAGCUACUUAAUAUUUAGUAACUAAUCUUGAAAAAUAGUAGGAGAAUUAAUGUAUAUUGUAAUGCUGGUUUUAUCUAAGAAGUGAUUAAUAAAUUCUAAGCAACUUACUCAGCAAGAUGGGUCCUUGGAAGAAAUUUGCAAUAAAGUUCCUCAUGUCAGCAACAACCACAA